AUGGAGCCUCUCCCAGCUAUAGGCUUUCCGUUCUUCGCGGACUCGUUACACGCAAGCAAACGCCUACGGUCCCUCUCAUCCUCCCCGAUCUCUGUCCCUCCAGCGACUCUCCUCGAUACGACGCUCAGCCUAUCCUCCAAUCCGGUCGCCUCCCCUCCCCCGUGCCCGCCGUGUAAUGGCGCGAUUUUGGAACAGUGUCUUCCACGCUCGCCAUGCGACGACAACACAAAUGUCGCGCUUCCCUUCCUUUCAAUGCUCCGCGGUUUCAAGCCGCAAGCGCAAUCCCCUCCCCAGAUUCCGCGCGUCCUCAGCUCCAGUCCACUCCGGCGGACCAAUCCGACACUCCCCGCUGUUCCUGCAGCAAUUCCCGCCGCAUCUCCCGCCGCCAUUCCAGCGCGCUGUCCGCUCCCGCCUGUGGAGGCCCUCCGCCGCGCCGUGAAGCGCUCGCACGCCGCAGCCCGCCUCGACGAGGAGGUUACCAGCCAGCUUCGGACCACCUUUCCCUCCGAUUGCCCCUUGCAAGUCCCGUCAAAUGCGCUCGAGGUCGGUGCCGCGGCGUCGGGACUUCCAGCGGUGCUUCCGUGCGACGCUGACGUGGCGGAGCGGCUCGUGAAGUAUGACAGGCUGACGUCGUCGCUACGUGGCUCUCUGCCGGCCGCGAAUCUCGCGCAGUGGGACGCGGCGGUUGGCAAGCUGAGGGAUCGCGUCGCGAUGAAGGAGGAGUUUGGGAACGACGUGAACGGGUUUCUUCUGUUUCUCCACGCUCAGCUUGGCGCGCAGCAGCCGUCGGCGCGCAAGGCGCUGCAGCUGUUCGCUGCGUUCAAGCAAGCGCAGAGGCAGAAGCAGAACUCAGGAGCCGCGCUGGCGUCUGAAGCGCCGCUGCCGGCGGCGGCUGCGGCGGUUUCGCGCCGUGUCUCGGCACAGGCUCCGGAAACUGACGACGAUACCGCUUCUGUGUGUAGCAACGACCCCGAAUGCGCUGAACCGAGAGAUGGCGAGGCUGAAGCGUCACAGGCUGAGUCAUCCUUUCUUCGCCGUGACUCAUCCGCAUCUUCUAGUGUGCCUUCUGCAAGCUCCGCCCUUGGGAUUGACGUUUCGUGUCCUGCUGCUGUGAAGAAGAUGCUUUUUGAGCUUCAGUCUGCGGUGGUUCAGCUGGAGAGGAAUACCUCGAUGGACUCGCGGAUCAAGGCGGAGAGCCUUGCCGUGUUGCGGACCGCGCAGAGCCACUUAUUAUCGCGCCUCGCUGCUGUUGUCCGCUCGGUGUAG